AUGAAUCACCAUAUUUGGGAUGCUUACAGCAAAAGUUAUUUAAACAUCUAGAAAAAUCCUGCUUCAUUUCAACUAUCUUUAAUGAAUAUGUUGAGAUUUAAUGAAGCAGAAGAGUAAUAUUUUAUUAAACAAUGGUAGGAUAUUAGAUGCAGGAUGUGCAGGUGGCUAACUACAUUAAUAUAUUUUAUAAUAAAGGAAAAAUACUUGUAAAUUGACAGCUUGUGAUUUCUCAUUGUAAAUGGUUAAAGUGGCAGCUACACGCAUGCUAAAAUUUUUAAAUAAUCCACUUAGUGGAGAAAUCAUGGAAAUUAGUCCAUUAGAAAUUGAAAAUGUUGAUUUAAGUAAUUUUAAUGUGUAAUAAUAUAGAUUGUCCAUUAUUAGAAUAAAAUAACUAUAAAAUAUUUUAAGGAGAUGUUUAGUCAUUAACACAAUUGAAUAACAAUUAAUUCGAUAUUUAUAUUUCUAAUAUGGUGAUACAUUUAGUAGAAAAUAAAAAUUAAGCUAUCUAAGAAGCUUUUCGAGUUCUAAAACCAGGAGGAAAAAUAGGCAUAGUGAUUCCUGUAGCUUCUGGUAAUUUAUUAAUGGCAACAAUGACUAAAUGCUUUAUGCAAUGCGGCUUAAUUUAAAAUAUGCCAUUCAAACCUACAGAUAUAGAGACAAGAGAGGAGAUGAUAAGUUUUAUAAAAAAAUAUGGUUUUACAGAUAUUUGUAAUUUAUAUUUAUUAAAGAAAUAGUAUGUUGGAAUUAAACAAUCCCAUUUGACCUUUAUGAUAUAGAUAACAAUUACAUAUUUCCAUAAUUUAAAGAAAUUCUUGAAAAAGCACCUUAAGAAUAAGUUGAUUAAUUCUAUGCAUUUUUCAAAGAAGAAGUAUAAAAUAGAUUAAAUCAAAAUCUUCCAUUUACAGUUGAAGGGUUAUGUCUCAUAGCUAAAAAACCAUUAUGA